UACGCUGAUUACGCUCCGGUGCAGUAGUCCUCGCUAACCAUGAAAGUUCAGUGAAGUAGUUUAAGAAAGUGAUUUGCUUUAGUUUUCGUAAUUCAGAAUUUCGUAUUUUUUACAGUGCGUUAUUCGGGAAAACUUUCUAUUAAAGCGCUAACUGAUCACCCCAAGACCAUGAAACCGAUUCUGCUUCAUGGACAUGACCGUGCCAUCACCCAGGUGAAGUACAAUCGCGAAGGGGAUCUGUUCUUCAGCUGCUCCAAGGACAAGUACCCGGUCGUAUGGUUUUCCGCAAAUGGAGAGCGACUGGGAACAUUUGGCUCUGAACAGCAAUCCAUUAAUGAUCGUCAUAAUGGUGCUGUGUGGACGAUUGAUGUUGACUGGGAGUCGCACAAAGUUAUCACCGGCUCGGGAGACGCUUCGUGGCGUUUGUGGGAUUGUGAGACUGGGAGAACUGUCAGCUGGCAGAAGACGCCAACCACUGUUCGCUGUGCUGCCUUUUCCUAUUCCGGAAAUGAAUUUUAUUACACCACAGAAAUGCAGGCCGGCCACCACUGCUUCUUGGUCGUCAAAGAUGUCAGGGAUCCUGCGCAAAUGCAAGACGAUAAAAGCAUCUUCGAGCUGGAUGUCAUGGGAAAUAAAAUUACCGCCGCUACGUGGGGGCCAUUUGAUGAAACGAUUAUAGCCGGUCACAGUAACGGUGAUUUAUCUAUCGUGGAAGUUCGAGCCAAACAGUUUGGCAAGACCCAUAGCGGAGCCCAUGCAGGCUUAAUCAUGGAUAUCCAAAAGAGCAAAGAUGAGAUUAUGUUGGUUACUGCGUCGAAAGAUACAACCGCUAAGUUAUUCGAUUCAAUGACUUUGGAUUGUAUGAAAACAUACAAGGCGGAUCGACCAGUAAAUUCGGCAGCAGUAUCUCCCAUUAAGCAGCACAUUCUCCUGGGUGGUGGUCAGGAAGCCAUGUCCGUCACAACCACAGAUGUCCGUCAUGGUAAAUUCGAAGCUCGCUUUUUCCACAUGGUCUUUGAAGAGGAGUUUGCUCGGGUGCGUGGACAUUUCGGUCCCAUUAACAGUGUGGCAUUCCAUCCCGAUGGUAAUAGUUUUGCCACUGGUGGUGAAGACGGCUACUGCCGGUUGCAUACACUGGAUCCGGAGUAUUUUGAAUAUGAACUUCAGUACUAACUAACCUCUGAUGUUUCUUACUUUUCAUAUACUGAAUUAAAGCUCUCACGUUAUUUUUAACCGCUUUGACAUCUGAUUCUGGCUUUUAUAAUAGGUACUUAUAUUUUUCUCGCUGAUGGUGGUAUAUUUAUCUGGACGUCGAACUGAAGAAAUAGACCAUUAAAAUAUAAAAUUAAUGAUGGAGAUA